AUGCCGAAACGUAAUAAGACGAGCUACUCGUGUGGGCCAUGUAAGCGGUUGAAGACCAAGUGUGACCAUGAUAUCCCGUGUGGCCGUUGUGUCAAGAAUAACAGAGUGGAACAGUGUUUGGCGGACCCGCCUCGCAUGUUCGACAAGUUCAAAGAAUUAACGGCCCCCAACGCUGCAUUCAAGCGUGUGCGGAAAACGGAUCCGAGACCUUUACAACCCCACGAUGCAGCCGUUUUCCAAGGGUCUGGCACAGUUGGGGGUGGUACAGCUAUUGGCAACUUUGAAGUUCACAAUACCAUGAUUACUCAGCCCGAUAGAGGAGCCGAACGGCAACACGAAAACAACAAUAAGCCCGAAACUCUGAUAGGCGUUCCGCAUAACGGUGAUGUCCCAAGGUAUGAAUAUUCAUCUCAAAUGAACCAUAUCCGAUCUUCCUCUCAACAUUCAUUGUCCAACCAUCCUCCACUUCCGUUUCCCCCUGCGCCGCCUCAGAGUCGAAUCCCUCAGUAUGGCCAUUACCCAAAUCAAAUUUCGGGCCCUGGCGCUGACUCUGGCCAGAGACCUCCUCCGAUUUCAAACUAUGUGGAUGAAUAUAAUACCUCACAAAUCUCCCAACCUCCACCAUUGCAACAACAUAGUGCGCCGUCGGAAGUACCCUUUUUUGAACAGAUAAAGGCCUUACCUUGGUACUAUCACGAGGGACCUCCUGACAAGACAUUUACUAUCCUGAAGCUUCUCCGGCUUGAACUGGAUACACUCGCAAACCAUGAGGUGGAGAUUGAGAUGAAGACUAAAAUUUUACAAUUACUCCCAAGCUCUGAGGUUUGCCGGGCUUUGAAAGAUUACUACUUGGAGUAUGUUGAUUAUAUCUACCAUCCAUUGCAUCACCCAACCUUUAAUAGGCAAUUUGAUGAAUUCGUUCGUGUUAGAGAGUCUGCCGAAUAUGAUAAGAUGGACCUCUUGUGGUUGGUGGUACUGCUACAACUAUUAGCACUUUCAUUAAUUCAUCUGCCUCAACAUUAUCUGAAGAAUCCCAUAUAUCAAAUAUUUUCAAACCCUGAAACCAUCAAGUUUACUUCCAGACUAUGGGCAAGUAUCUCCAAGCAAUUGUUUACCUACGUGAGAGAUGAUAAUAAUCCACGUUUGCUGGAACUGCAGUUCUUUUCGCUCUUGCAACUUUAUUUGUACGCAACGAAGCAAAGUGACCAUUUGGAUUCAUUUUUGGCGGCGGCCAUCAGAACCGCCUUUGCCCUCAACCUUAAUAAACCAAAAGUGGAAUCCAAGACCCCCUUGGAAACAGAGAUGAGAAGACGAUUGUGGUGGGACAUUGCUGGCUGCGACACAUUCCGAGCUCUCUGCACAGGUAGACCUCCUCUGAUUCGUUCUUACAAGUCAAGAGUUCCUCUUCCAGCUAAUGUAAAUGACAAGGAUGUUGGAGAUGAUUUCAUUCAAGUCAGUGGUGUUGAUAUUCCUACUGAUAACUCGUUCAAUAUUUACAGAGCCCAGAUGAUGAAAAUCUUGAAUGGUAUGUUUGAAAUUAACCAGUUUAAAGCAGAUUCAAUUGAAGAUCACGAGUUGAAUGAAGAUAUACUAAGGGGCCUGAUCGAGAUGGAUAUUGAACUUUGUACCUACGUUUCAAAUUUACCGUGGUUUUUUAACUUGGACAUGCACAGUAACCUUCCAGAUUUCACACCAGAAGUUCUUAAGUUUCAAUUUCACAUGUUGCACACAUGUAUAUGCAUUCAUAGACUCAGAUUCUUUCAAAAUUAUUUAGAAAGGGAUAUCCCCAUAGCUUGGGAGGUAUGCGUCUCAACCGCAAAGUGCAUGUUUAACGUAUACAAACGAAUUCGUUCCCGAUACAACUUUAACAACUCCAUGCGCCCCGAGAAAGAGUUCAAUCCACUGUUUUUGGCGCAACUUCAUCAAUCAUUUACGGGAUCUGUUACUCAGGGAAUGGUGUUGUUGAUGAUGAUAAAGGAUGGCAUACAUGACGAUGAGACAGAAAAGCUUCUGUUUGACGAUCUCAAUAUGUUCUUGCAAGACUUGACUUUUUUGAAUGAAUCGGGGUUUAUAUUGAGACCCGAUAUUAUUGAACAAAGUUUUACUGGUUUACGCAUGCUAAGCUCCUUCUGUAGUAAUUUGAAGCAGAGGACACUUCAACAUUUACCCAAAUCUUCCGCUGAUAGGACCACAGAUGAUCCAAAUACAAGUGACCGAAUUGUUAAUAAUUUGUCAGGCGUAUUUGGUGGUAAGGAGAGUACAGAAAACUACUUGAAAAAGUGUUCAGUAGAUUUCCUAGUCAAUCCUCGUCAAAACUCCGCUGAUAAGACAGCAAAGUUUCAUUCCGAACAUAAGAAGAAUAAUCUUGUGGUAAGCAACGAUGUGACAUUAUAUUUUGACUAUGUCAACCAGUUUGGAACAAUGAUUUCCGAUAAGUUGCCCAUCGUAAAUCAGUCCAUUGAAUUCCUGCGACAGAGAGAGAGACAACUGAAACUGGAGGAGGAAUCGGAACAAAACCAAAAAGAUCAAAGCAUUAGCAACGCUAAUAAUGAUACGCAUAUCAACGCCAGUGUCGAUCCCAAUGCCAAUAAAAGCUCACCGGCCAACAUUCACACAGACGUCAAUGUCCAUUCAAAACUGGCCUGCGAUAGUGGAAGCCAAAUUCCGGCAAUGCAACCAGAGAAAGCAUUUAAUGUCAGAAUGAAAGUUGACCAAGGGGAUAACACUGCUCUUUUGGAUCAAGGCCUAGAAGCCGACCCAGCUUCUCAAAGACCGGGUGUGUCUACGUUCAACUCGGUCAAUAUCAGUACAUUUGGAGAUCAACUGACCUCUGCCUGGGAAGAUCUGACUAAUCAAGACUACUUUGUACAAGAGUGGAACAACAUGUAUCUCAACUUCCACAGAGGCUGA